AAGUCCGACCUCAACAUCUCUGCCCUCCAAUUCUCUGCCUGCACAAACGCAAACACACCCCACAUCCCCACCACCACCCCAUGGACCUCUCAGAACACCUCUGAGACUAAACACCGCUGGGGCUACCACUGCUACGAUGACUUCUCCCCAACCCAGCUGCGCUUCGUUCUCCCGCCACGCCUCAAGCUCUUCCUCGUCCUCUUCCUCCUCCCCUUUGCCAUCACCGUGUUCUGCUACAUCCGCCCCAUCCGUGCCCUCCUCACUCGACCCCACAUCCCUCUGCAGAAGAAGUACCGCACCGUGGGGCUGGCCGUGGCCACCAUGGUCAUCUUUGGGGUCUGCUUUGGACCCUACAACCUCUCGCAUGUGGUGGGCUUUGUGCAGCAGCGCAGCCCCACGUGGAGGCCCUACGCUCUGCUCAUCACCACCCUCAGCCCCGCGCUCGACCCCUUCAUCUUCUAUUUCUCCUCCAAUGCUGUGCGGAAGGCGGUCAGUGGGGUGGUGGGGGUUUUUCGGGGCACAGUGUGUGGGUUUUGGGGUUGGUGUGGACAAGGAGUGAGCCCCAACCAGGAGGAGGCAAUGGGUAAAUGAGGUUGUUGUGACUGGAGUGGGUUUGAUGGGGUGGGAGGUGAGAAAUGGGGAUGGGUCCGAUGUCAAUGUGGUCAAAGUGGUCCCAUGGAUGUGUCCAGUGUUUGUGGGUCAACCAACUCUUGGUCAGUGUUGGGUUGUUCCACGGGGUUGGGGCCAACAUGGACGCAUGGGUGAGGUCAGUGGGGUCACUGAGGUCCCAUGGAUGCGAUCUAUGUGGUCAGUGCAGAACCGUGACCCAAUCAGCUCCCUGGGUCUGGCUGUACCAGGAAGGAGGCUGGACAUACAACAAGGGGAAGAACAAGUAGCAGAACACGACUGAUUUCUACUUCUUCAGCACAAAUCGGGAGCACGCAGGUACAUAUCAGU